AUGGGAGUCCACGGUCUAUGGGAACUACUGGCCCCCGUCGGCCGCCGCGUGUCCGUCGAAACUCUAGCCGGAAGAAGACUCGCCAUCGAUGCGAGCAUAUGGAUGGUGCAGUUUAUGAAGGCAAUGCGGGACGAGAAGGGAGAGAUGGUUCGCAACGCGCAUGUACUCGGCUUCUUUCGUCGAAUUUGCAAGCUACUGUACCUGCGGACCAAGCCCGUCUUUGUAUUCGAUGGCGGAACCCCAGCCCUCAAGCGCCGCACAGUGAUCGCUCGAAGAAGACAGCGGGAGAACGCCCAGUCCAAGCUUCGUAAGACUGCCGAGAAAUUGCUUCUCAAUCAUCUUAAGGCCAUGAAGCUGAAAGUCUUGUCUGAGGAUAUUAAGAACCAGAGGCAGAAUCAAAAGAAUGAUGCCAAGGGUAAGCAAAGUCUACCAGAUCAAACUGGUAGGUUGGGAGAUGAUAAUUUAGAAAAAAAUGAUAUGGCCUUGCUGAGUAGCAACCAGGAAAAGCUGGAUGAAAUGUUGGCAGCAUCUAUUCAGGCUGAGGAAGAGGGGGGUUUAGCAAAGAAUGCAUCAAAAUUUACUGCCGCUGUUCCUUGUGAGGAGGAUGGCGAAGAAGAUGAUGAAGAGAUGAUACUACCAGAGAUGCAUGGUGAAGUUGAUCCAGCUGUAUUAGCUAAUUUGCCUCCAUCCAUGCAACUUGGACUUCUUUUGCAGGAUAAUGAUGCUAAGGGUAAGAAGGUUAUGUCAGAUCAAACUGAGAUGGUGGGAAUCAAUUUAGAAAACUGCGAAGCGGUCUCAAGGAGUUGCAAUCAAGAAAAGCUAGAUGAAAUGAUUGCAGCAUCUAUUGCGGCAGAGGAGGAUGCUGGUGCAACUAAUAACGCGUCAACAUCAACUGCUUCUAUUAUUGUUGAGGAGGAUGUUGAUGAAGAUGGCGAUGAUGAUGAUGAAGAGAUGAUACUGCCAGAAAUGCAUGGUAGAGUUGAUCCAGCUGUAUUAGCUGCAUUGCCCCCAUCAUUGCAACUCGAUCUUCUUGUUCAAAUUAGAGAGAGGUUGAUGGCAGAAAACCGACAAAAGUAUCAAAAAGUCAAAAAGGAUCCUGGGAAGUUCUCUGAGCUACAAAUACAAUCUUAUCUUAAAACUGUUGCUUUCCGUCGCGAGAUAGAUCAAGUACAGAAAGCUGCUGCUGGGAGGGGGGUUAGUGGUGUCCAUAGCUCACGGAUAGCCUCUGAGGCACACAGAGAGUUUAUCUUUUCCUCAUCAUUUACUGGUGAUAAACAAGUACUUGCAUCUGCAAGAGCUGAUAAAAACGGAGAUAAGCAACAAGCACCAAAAGAGCAUCCUUCAAAUUCCAGGAACAGUGUUCCGUCUACCAAUAAUGUGACUGGAGCAACCCCUGACGAAUCCACAAGUGUUUUUGAUGACAACAUUGAGACAUAUUUGGAUGAGAGGGGCCAUCUUCGAGUCAGUAGAGUGAGAGCUAUGGGAAUCCGUAUGACCCGUGAUUUACAAAGGAACUUGGAUUUGAUGAAGGAGAUUGAACAGGAGAAAACAAAUACAAACAAGAUAAUCAACACUAGGAAUAUGCUCAAUGAAGGAGACAUUGACAUUUCAAAAAGUUCCUGUAGUAAUAGAAAAGUCAUAGAAACAUCAUGCGGUGAUAAUGGUGAUUCCAUUGACACUGGUGUGUUGAGAAGUCAUCCUGGUCAAAAGAAGGUUUUGGAAUCCUCAGUUGGUGAUAAUAGCUUGAAUGACAGAAAUAAUCAUUGUACAUUAAAACUUGAAACGCCUAUAGAAAUAUCUAUUGAGGACGGUGGUGAGAGCAAGUCUUUUGAUGGUGAUGAUGAUCUUUUUGCUUCUUUAGUGGCAGGAAAUGCUGUAACUACUAAUGCUAAUGAUAUAUUAAGAAAACAAUCUUCUGGUUCUGAUUCAGACUGUGACUGGGAGGAAGGAACUGUUGAAGUGAAAAGUAAGGUGCCUCGUGUGGAAGGCAACAUGAGCGAUGACAGUGAAGUGGAAUGGGAGGAAGGAGUUUGUGGUAUUACAGAAAAUACCUCAUCUUUUCCUCGUGAGUGUGGGGAAACAGUUUCCAAAGGUUAUUUUGAAGAAGAGGCUAAUUUUCAGGAGGCAAUAAGGAGAAGUCUUGAGGAUUUUGGGGAUGAGAAGUGUGCUUAUGCAUCAUCUGCAGAGGAAAAGUUGCAAUGUUUUGGAGGAGAGGCUUAUAAAGGUGCUGAAUUUAUUGAUAGAGAAACUAAGAUAGUUGAGGCAGUUUUGGUCGGGAAAAUUGGUAAGCGACAAAAUGAAUCAUCUUGCGAUAUUGUUGAUGGAGUCAAAAAGAUGAAAAGCGUUACAGACUUGGAUUCUCCUCCAGCACAAACAAUGCAGAAUGAACAAAGGAGGUCCAUAUGA